ACAUAUAUAUUGGUAGCUCUGCGGGAUUUCUUCAGUACUCCACUAGCGGUUCUCCUGGUCAGAGCUCAGGCGAGAGACUAAUUUGUUCUACUAUAGAGUAACCUUUGGAUCUCUCGUACUGCGACUGAAGAACAUUUUCCAACUAGUGGUAGUGAUUUGAAAGGCACAACGGCGGCCUUUGCAGAUUAUUCGUGUGAGUGGGGUGACAAUCUCGGCGCGCUGGACGAGUCUAGGUACGGAGCGGGCGUCUCGCCAUGCCCACAGAGCAAUAUGGAGUCUCCACAGCUGUAUGAUAGUGCCGACUACAACAAGAAGAGUGUGGCUAGUGCUGUCAAGGUCAAAGGCAGCAACCUGUUGUACCCAGGAGACGACUACAGUGACCUGGCGGAACUGAGCGCGCCGGAGAUAUCCCUCGACCUACAUAACCUCAUUGACGACUCCCAGUUCAACGAAGGCCUCAUUCAGGACAUCCAGGGCCUGAGUGUGGACAAGAGCACCGCCCACCGAGGACUAGGCGUUAACAGUAUGUACAAUCCUCUAGCCUACCUACCCCAGCCCGUCCACGGGGCAACCCAGUUCGACCGACAGUACCCAGAUCGAAGUCAGUUAGAUCGACGGGUCAUCAAAGAAGAGCCACAUGAGAGCCAACAAGAGGUGGCGGCCCACGAAUACAGUGCCUGUGCCAGAGUGAGUGCCAGCGGCUACGGUGCUCACUACGCGGGAGUACCAGCUUACUCCAGCAUGACACCAACCACCAUACCAGGAGCCGACAGCUUAUGCAGAUCGCCGCUUAAGUCCCCAAACGGAGGCAAAAUAAUGCCUGGGUGCAAGAAGAAUGUUGAUAAGGGUAGUGAUGAGUAUAAGCGAAGACGAGAGAGGAAUAACAUCGCCGUCAGGAAAAGCAGGGAGAAGGCGAAAGCCAGAACCCGGGAGACGGAAGAAAAAGUGAAGAAACUUGUGAUGGACAACGAUAGACUAAGUAAGAAAUGUGAGCUACUUAGCAAAGAGGUGGCGGUCUUCCGCUCCUUGCUUGCCAACGUCCACUGCCUACCUGAGCACAUGCAACGGGAACUCCGCAAGCAAGUCGAGGCCUUCAGUCAACAACACCAGCAUCUUAUCAACAUGUGAUGCCGGCAGCUCCGCACCCGCACCGAAGACCCUGCAGCCUGCGGCAGCGCCAGCAGCAGCGGUGGUGGUAUUGAGUGUAUCACUACUACGCCGCGGUACACCAGCCUUUAGUUUAGGUCUGACCUCCAAUACACCGUAGCGCUGGCGCGGGUGGGUGAGAAAGAAGAAAAAAAAGAGGCGUGCCAGCAGGUUUGGACAUGCCCUUAGGUGCAGCAGCAAGGAAGAGGGGGGUGUGGGUGGCCAGCUAGUCACUGUUUCACUGUCCCGGACCGCUAUCAGGCCCCUCCACGUCCGGCUUCCACCGAGGCUGGAUCAGACGACGGAUAAGACCUCAAACACGCCUCUCCAGGUCUCUCCUCAACGGGGCUGGACUAGACGAAGGAUAAACACCUCACCUUUCAGAGGACCUACCCCGAGACGGCAUAUAUUAUAUACCAGGGGCGUCGCCCCAGUGCUUACCCUCAGCCUCUUACUGUCUCUCGUCGGAAGUGUAUAUAUUUAACUACAAGUUAGAGCCUAAGUUAUAUGGGGCAGAGACGGUGGUAAUAGCAGAGGGAGGGCCAGGGGCGCGCCGCCCCACCCCUUGUGAUAACACGCCUCGGGAACACUCAUCCGGCCUCUCCGUUAAUAAACUCUAUGAGAGACUGAUGUGUGCACAACUGAACGUUUUAGACUUUUUAAAAAUAUAUUUUAACGAAUAAAAUCAAAUUUUUGUAUGUUUUAUUAAGUAUAAAUAAUAAAAAAUGUUAAUGAAA